CGCAAGUCGCCAUGAUGGAAAGGAGAACUCUUUCGAAGGAAGAUGUUGAAGACCAAAAUACCAAAUGACUUUUGAUGAUGUUGAAAUUACUGUUGUGGCGCUCCAUAAUUUGUUUUAACCGUUGAAGUUUGGUUUAGACAACAUAAAAUGGAAAAUGAAAAUAAAAUGGUAAUAGAUGAGUUGAAUCCUUCAAAUAGAAAACCAUCUUGUGAUAAAAUUGACACGUGUACACUAGAAAAUAGUAAUGAUUCUAGCAAAGAAAACACAACUCCUAAACAAGUAUCCCUAAAUGGUAAUGCCGACUCUUGUGUGAAAAUGGAGGCUAAAAGUGAAAAACAAACUUUUAACACAACCAUUGAAUCUAAAGGAUGUGACGAUGACCUAGAUAACCUUAUUAAAGAUUCCAAUAAUUCUUCUAAGCCUGGUGAAAUACAUAAUCCAUGUGACACUUCUGUCAGUGAUAACAAACAUACUCCAGAUUCAUUGUCUGUGGAUGUUAAUUUGUCAGUGUCUCAACAUGAAAAUUGCAACGAAGAUGUUGAAAUAAACAAACUAACUACUGAUAAAUCCUUACAUGGUGAAAAGAUUAGAGUAUGUAAUGUUAAAACUAAUGACCAGUCCAAGGCCUUAUCUUCAUCAGUAGAAGAAGAAAUUCUUAUUGAGUUACCAACAGCUGAUAAUUCUGUACAAUCUGAUUUAGAAGAUAAAAAAGAGCAAGUACCAGAUAAAUUACUUGAAAACAAGUGGCACACUGCACAAAAACUAGAAAAAGAAAAGAUUCAGUCAAUUGAGAAGGUAAUGGAUGAACAUGGAGAUGAAUUUAUUAUAACAAUGAAUGAUUCAGAUGACAGUGGUGAGGAAACCACUUCCCAAUCAGAACAAAAUACCAAACAAGAAACUGUGAAGUUGGACCGUCAAAGGAUUGAUGCUACCAUGCCUUUAGCAAAACAAAUAUAUGACCCCAUUAAAGAGAAAUCUGUUACUAAUCCCCAUAAUCUUGGCAAUGUCAGUAUUAAUCUACCCCCUCUUCCCCCAUUACCUCAAGUUCAACAAUUACCAUUAUUACUUCCCAAUACUAAUCAAAAGAACAAAUCACUACCUUUGGUCAAUCUCUAUAUACCUUCCUCCUUGGUCAAUAGUACAACUAAUAUAGUAACUUCUAAGCAAAUAAAAACUGUUAAGGCUCCAAAUGUUACAGUUGUUCCGGCAUUAACUGGUCAGCAAUAUACAUGUAGUAACAGUCUUGAUCUAAAACAAAGAUUGAAUACUGUUCAUCAAACAUCAAAUUCAAGAUCAUUGCUUACUAAUAGCUCGAUAAGUAAACCACAAAUAACCACGAUAUUGAAUCAAAAAUCUGGAGUAGCUUCACCGCAGUCAAGUAAGGAAAUGAUGAGCUUAAUACGAUGGGAAAUAACUAAUCGUGUUUAUCAUCGCCCAAAGUUUCAGCAGCUACAACCGGACAGUGAACUAGGACCUUUAGCGAAAUUGUUAUUUGACCUUGGUAAUGACUUGGUUAGAGAAACUGUAUAUAAUGACUUAGUUCGUAUACAGACUUACAGGAAGGCAGCAGGAAAAUUAUCAGACAAAGAAUCAGAAGAUUUAAAUAAAUUGAAAGAUGUUCAAGCAGAACUAAAAGACUUGGUAGGUCCAAUAAAACAAAACUUAAAAAAAAAGUGUAGCUGUGGUUUUAGAACUGAAUCGUCCAAUGUAUUGUAUAAUCAUCAAGAAUACCCCCACUGGAAUGAUAAUGACUUGACAUGUGCAAUAUGCCCCGAUUAUACAACUAGACAACCUGCAGCCUUUAUUUAUCAUAUGGAAGUCAUGCAUAAUAUGAGAGGAAGAUUAGAAGAUAAGCAACCAUUCUGGACUUGUAAUCUUUGUCCUUAUGAAAACAAUUCUAAAAGCAAACUAACACAACAUAGAUUCCGUUGUUUGAAAAACUUUAAUCUGAAAACAAAUCUCUCGCAAAACUCCAUCAUAGGGAUGGAAGUUAACUUUUGUUUAGAGAAUAUUUUGUAUAAGAGAAAGGAAACUAUCAAACCCAGACUACCCGCACAGAUAACUCCUGUAACUAAUUCUCGUCCACAGUUGAACAUAGCCCCCAAACCACGAAUAGGGGCAUUACAACAGGCUUCUGUUAGACACAUGGGUAGUGGUAGUCAAAUUGUUACCUUCAAUAAUAGACCAAAUCUUUCUAAUAAGAUCAAUACUUUAAUUGAUAAAAAUAAUCAACUCUUGUUACAGACUAAAACCCCAGCAGACAAUUCAGGUUUUGAAGUUUGUGAAAUAUGUGGGGGUUAUGUAAAAGAUCGUAAAGCUCUGAGGAUUCAUUUCUAUUAUGCUCACCGGAUUGAAAUACCUGUUGGGGUGUUUGACAGAACUCAAGCUCCUCUAUAUUGUGCCACUUGUUUUGCUCGUUUCUGGACAGCUCAAGGUCUGCAAAAACAUUUAGAAGUCCAUAAAGUGAACAACCCAAGUAGUAGUGCUGCCAAAUGUAUUGUGUGUGGCCAUAAAGUACCAAAUGUUUUGAUGCACAUGAGAAUAGUUCACAACAAAGAGUUAAAUAGUUAUCUUGCAGCGUGUAAAUGUAUCUUCUGUGGCUUAAUUUGCAGCAGUAAAAGGGGAGUAGAAAGUCAUAUGGUAGCGGGCCAUGGUGUUAUGAUCAAGGCUGAUUCUCUAGUGGGACAAAAUGCUCCUAAGGUACCAACCUCGAAACAAGACACCUCUCGUGGUAGCAUGUGUGUACUUUGUAAUCUCCACUUUUCUAGAAAUGUAGAUUUGACAAGACAUUGUAUGCGCGUUCACCAUACUUGUAUGAAAUGUGGUAUGGUUGUUGCUGAUAAAAUUUCACUAGAUAAGCAUACUUGUCUUAAAUCCGGGAGAGGUUUGCGAAACUGUGAAUUGUGUGAUGAAAAAGGUUUCCACCCAGCUUAUCAUGUGAAACAUAUUCGUGAUAGACACAUUAAGAAGUGCACUGUAAAUGUUGUUAAAGUGUCUGAAAUUCUAAGAAGAGCUGCCCUGAACGGAGUAAAUGUCCAUAAUUCUCACCAUGAAGCAGAUUUGAAGAUUGCCAGUUCGAUCAGAUCAAAAAUUGUAAGCAUAAAACAAGUGGAAACUAUUGAAAUUAUUUCUGAUGAUGAAAAUUCCCCAAAGAAGAUUUCAGGCAUGAAAAGGUCACCUGAAGAGAUAGAGUAUAUAGAUACUGAUAGUGACAGUCCAGAGGAAGUUGUAAACAAUGCAGAUAAAGCAUAUAGACCCAGCAUUACUAAGAAAAAAUGUAUAGAAGAGAAUUCUGUAUUAAAAGAUUUCAAAGAUGGAUCCGUACUACGACCUAGCAGAAGACGUUCCUCUACAUCCACAGAUUUAAAAUCUUCAACUGAACAAGUAAAAGUUCAGGAUUCCAUGGCAGAUAGAACUGUCAAUACUGAAAAUAAAGUGGAAGAGGGAGAAGAAUCUAUUAAAAGUGUAAAACGUCAAGCUGAUGAAUUAGGGGAUGGGCCUGAGGCUAAGAAAGAAAAGUUAGACAUCAACCACUAUGCUGAAUAUUCUAACCUGUUGCCAGAAGAAAAAUUAGAUAAUGGUUUGGCUGUUGAUAAAACAGUCUAAUAAGGCUAAAACCAAUGUCUGUGUACAGAUACUAGUAGCCCGGAGGCUCAGUGCGGGUGGCGUGGGGGAGGGCGUGUCCAUCAAAUGGGCACAAAACAAGACCCAGCUUUUCUAGCCUAAAAUUUUGCGAAGAAUAUGAUGUCGAGUGGUAAUCAGUCCGCCGUUGGGGCGUAUUCGAGGUAUGUGGGUCAAAGGUCAAAUGGGGUCAUUUGCGCUGAAAAUGAUCGAAAGUAAUCAACUUUUCAAUAAGAUUGUUAACUUACACCAUAAUAAUAAUUCACGUUUGUUCUUUGUGAACCCCGCCUACCAAAAGGUCAAAUUUUCCGUAUUUGCAUUAGGAAGAUUUAAAGCAAUCAAAUGUCAGUGUAAAAUAUAAAAAAUAUAGCACUAGCUGUAUAUUUACUUUGGAACAUUGAGAAAGAUCUUGCAUAACAGAACCAAAACACUUCCAAACCCGUUUCAAAAAUAUGUAAAAACUGUCAAAUCAAAAUCUCUGAUUUAGUUUCACAACGAUUGCUAUACAUAAUAAAACUAGUUGUGCGAAAAAACAAUUGAAUAGUGCCAAGACCCCCUAAAGAUAAGUUUUAAAUGGGUUUUUUUAUUAAUUAGAACCUGGUUUCGCUUUAGUUUCUAUAUUUUACACCAACAUUUUAUUUCUUUAAAUCUUCGGAGUGCAAAAACGGAAAAUCCGACCUUUUGUCCUCCAGGGUUAGAAAGAACAAAGGUGAAUUUAGCAAGUUAACAUUUUCAUUGAAAGGUUGAUUACUUUUUGAUCAUUUUCAUCAUGUUUUCAUGAUACAUAAAUGGCUGCACAUUCACUUUCAGUGCAAAUGAUCUCAUUUGAACUUUGACCCCAAAUAACUCAAAAACGCCCAAAUGGCGGAAUGAUUACCACUCGGCAUCGCAUUCUAUGCAAAAUUUUACUCUAGAAAAGUUGGGUCUGGUUUUGUGCCCAUUUGAUGGACACCCCCACCCCCAUCCCAGCACUGAGGCUCCGAUCUAUAGUAACUCCAUCUAGAAAUAUUAUUGACCUCAAUAGGGCUGCAACAAUUCAUCGAUGAACCGCGAUGUUUUAAAAAUCGACGAUACAAUCUUUCACAAAAAUAGACUGAUAUUCCUUUAAAUGCGUAAAUAAGUCCAUGAGCAAAAUAACUUUUUUUUACUUUCAGCGAGUGUUAAGGCGUUUUUUUCGACACAUGAAGUGGCUUAUUAUAGCUAUUUCGUCAACAUUAAAAUAUCAGUCUGCUUAAGCAAGUCGUGCUGAAAAUUAAGUUGUGUUCAAAUUACACACUUGAAUAAUAUGCGGGUGGGGGGGGGGGACAUGACAUUAAUAUAUAUUUAUAUAUACGUCAGUAAUAUGCGAUUUCUGAUAUUACUGUAUAAGAAUGGCUAUUUGUACAUACUGUAUACAUUGAUCAGCACAUAUUUUCAAUGUAUAUUAAUAUUUGUUAUUAAAAUCUUAACAUUAUUUCCUUUGAUGUUCUGUAAUCUAUGACUGACCUGACAACCAGAAAGCUUUUAAUUAGCUGAAAUUGUUGUUGUAAUUCAAGUCAACCAGCUAAAAUGUCGUCAUAAUGAAUUCACCAAAUUCAAGUCCGCACGAUCGACAAAAGCAAUAUUGAGAUCAAAUUCCUCAUACCAAGUAUAUAAGUCAUAAGUAAAAAUAUGGGAGUUUUUAGGAUUUCCUGUUAAGAAUGAGGCAAUGAAAUCCGUUCAGUUGACCAAGAAAACACUACAUACAAAGUAAAUAAAAAAAAAAGUAGACCUUCGAAUUUUCACAAUGAAAAACUUUCAAAAUUUAACAGCAUUUUUUAAAUUUAUUUCCUAUAUCGCGAUAUUAAUCGUAUCGUAGACUAUGAAUCGUGAUGCGCAUCGUAUCGUUGCAGCCCUAAUCCUCAGCCUUUCGUAGAAUGCAGGGGACUAUUAAAAUGAGUUUGUCCGCCCAUCGCACAUUUUUGGACACAAUAACUCUUUAUUGAGCUUUUUCUGCUUAGAGUAAUCAUAAAUAAGCAAUUUGAAUGGUUGAUGCUUUGGGACACGAUAACUUUAAUUCUAAUUAUGGGAGAGUGACAAAAUUUGGUGUAUAGUUCCAUAUCAAUACCUAGACCAAGUUGAUAAUGAGCAUUUUCUGCCAGGGUAAGCAGAGCGGUAGUUAAUUUGAUUGGUCAAGACUUCGGAGCUAGAUAACUUUGAUUCUAAUUGAGUUAGUGGUGAAACUUCGUGUAUAAUUUCAUUACAUCAAUACCUUGACUAACAUCGAUGAUGAGAAUUUUCUGCUUGGGCUAAGUAGAGAUAAGCAAUUUGAUGGGUCAAGACUUUUGAAACACAAUAACUCUCCUUUUAAUUGAGGUAGAAUGUUCAAACUUGGUGUAGGUGUUUAUUAGGUGAAUACCCUGCCAAUAUACGGCCAUGUGCAUUUUUCAUUAAAGAUACGUUAUGGGAGAUUAGAUAAAAAGUUGGCAGUUCUCACUAUAAUAAAGAACUAGAUAAUGUAAUGUUCAGAUCUACUCUGAACCGAGAUUUUAGCAAUUCGAUUUUCGGCCUAGUCGGGAUCAAAGUCGGUACGAUGAAAAAACAUAGUCUAGAUUAUCCAUUUUUAUACGCCCACAUGGAAUUGUGGUCGUAUAUUGCCGUCCGUCGUUCACAAUUUCUUGUGAACAGACUACAUUUAUCAUCUGAUUGUUUUGAAAUUGAUAUAUGUUUGCAUUAGUGAGAUGAAGAAGUCUAUUUAAUUUCAAUAACUUCCGUUAAUUUCUUCUGGAGUUAUGGCCCUUGUUUCACUUUGUUGCACCUUGUGAACGCUUUAACAACAAAAGUUAUCAACCGAUCUGUAUGAAAUUUAUAUGCUUUAUUUAAAUUAGUAAAACAAAGAAGCCUAUUGAAUUUCAGCCAUUUCCGUUAAUUACAUCUAGAGUUAUGGCCCUUGUUUCACUUUGUUGAAUCUUGUGAACGCUCUAAUGACAAAAGUUAUUAUCCGAUCUGUAUGAAAUUUAUAUGCAUCAUUCAAAUUAGUAAAACAAAGAAUCCUGUUGAAUUCAGCAAUUUAUGGCCCUUGUUUCACUUUGUUGAAUCUUGUCAACGCUCUAAUGACAAGUUAUCAUCCGACCUGUUUGAAAUUGAUAUGCAUCGUUUAAAUUAGUGAAACGAAGAAGCCUAUUGAAUUUCAGCAAUUUCCGUUAAUUGCGCCGUGAGUUGUGGCCCUUGUUUCACUUUGUUGUUCCUUGUGAACUUCGAACGACAAAAGUUAUCAUCCGAUCUGUAUGAAAUUUAUAUGCAUUAUUUGAAUUAGUAAAACGAAAAAGCCUGAAUUUGAACAAUUUCAGUAGAUUACUUCCAGAGUUACCGCCCUUGUUUUAGUUUUUAGAACCUUGUGAAACCUCAAACGAGGGUAUAAAUUGUCUAUUAAAUUCCCUUAAUUACCUAAAAAAGAAUAAAUAUGCGACAACCCUUGUCGACUGCUAGGACGAUUUAGCUGCUGUACGCGCAUGUUUUGUUGCCUGGCAACCUAUCUUAUAAUUAAAUUAUGGAUGAAAAUAGAGCCUAAAAUGAGACUGAUGAAACUUCUUGUCUGGAUUCAUUAUACCAACAUCUUGACUAAGUUUGAUGAUAAUUUCUUCUUAGGAUACGUAGCAAUAAGCAAUGCAUUGACGGUGUUCAAUGAUUAACAUCCCCUAAUGCUAAGCAGGGUUCAGCAGUUUCAUAGGUCGAUGAUUUAGGACAAGAUAACUUUGACUCUAACUGGUGGAGAGAGAUGGAACUCUCACUACCCGGUAUUUCGAAACCUUGACUUGAGUUCAAUCCUGAACAUUUUUCUGCUUAGAUUAAACAUACAUUAUGCAAGAGCUAAAUCUGCCUAUUGCAGGUCUUUCUUUAGGUCUGAAAUGUUAUCUAAAUUGUUGGACAUUAAUUAACUUAUCCAGACCAUAGUCAACUCUCGGUGGCAUCGCUAGUCUGCGAUAUUUACUGGAUUAGGAUCCGAUUUGCUGCUUUGUUUUCAUGGUUAAAUCAUGAAAUGGAUAAUUGAGACAACGUUGUGUUUUAUCGUACCGACUUUAGUAAUGAUGAUCGAGGCUAGGCCGAAAAUUCAAUCGCUAAAUUCUCGGUUCAGAGUGGAUCAAUUUGACUGAAAUUUUCAACAAAUACCCUUUACAUUAUCUAGUUGUUAACUAUUAUAGUGAGAACUGCCAGCUCUUUAUCUAAUCUCCCAUAAUGUAUCUUUAAGUAUACGAUACUUUUCAAAAAGAUUAAUGUGCAAUUAUUUAGUAUUGUCAUCUAUUAUUUUGGAAUUGCGGUGGGGGACAUCAGACUCAAUGUUGGCUUGUUUGAUUUAAAGAUAAGAUGUUUGACACUGAUAUCAAGUAAAAUUUGAUGCAAACAUUGAUUCUGGCAUCAGUAAAUUUGCAGGUCAACGAAACUCGCUUUUGGAAUUAAAUUCCUUGUCCAUGAAUUAUGCCAAAAACCUGAUAGGUUUUGUAACUCGGUGUAAUAUAAAGGGCCGUUAAAAAAUCACUUUAUUAACCUAGCAGCAAUAGAAAACAACUACCAGAUUGUCGUGACGAAAGUCUACCUUCCUUGUGUUUGUAUUGUAUUCGAUGAAAACGAUCAUUUUUAUAUCGUGGACGUAUAUUGUCGCCCCAGUCCGUAUGUCCGUCCACAAUUUGUGGACACUCUAGAGGUUAUAAUUUUUAUAUGAUUUUGAUAAAACUUAAAAUGUAUGAAUAUUACCCAAAGAUCUCGAUAUCUUUCGAUAUUCACGCAUGUUGAACCAAAACUUCUUGGAUUAUGGUCCCUGGUUGUACGAAACAUCGCGUUAAGCUUGUGCAUCCUCUAAAGGCCGCAAUUUUUAUCCGAUUUUUAAAAAAAAACAACAAAAAAACGCUGAAUUAUAUCACCGUUGUACCAUAGUCACAGGGGAGUUCGAAAUAGUGUAUAAAAGUAUGUAAUACCAAGGUUGUGGACUCCCUAGAGUCGCAAUAUUAUCCGAUUUUGAUAAGCUCUAGAGGCUAAAGUUAAUAUCCGAUUAACUUUAAAUGUAUACAGUGUUUAAGCCCAUGAGACGAAGAACCCUAUUGAUUUUCAACAAUUUCCGAUAAUUAGUGCCAGAGUUAUGGCCCUUGAUCACUUUGAAAAAUUAUGUGGACGCUCCAAAGGCUAAAGUUAAUAUCCAAUUGAUAUUAAAUUUAUACAUACACAUUUCGACGAAGAAGCCUAAUGGCUUUCAACGAUUUCCAAACAUUAGUUCCAAAAUAAUGGCGCUUGAUCACAAUAGAUAUAAACCGCUAACACAAACCAGUUACAAAUGGUUUGAUUGGAUCAAUUAAAGCUCAAGUCAAAAUGAUGCAUUUGAUAAUAAAAUACGUUGAUGUACAAUAUCUAAAAUAAACCACCAACAUUGUUUUAUUAUACGCCCACAUUUUCUUGUGGACGUAUAUUGUCGUCGCCCCUGUCCGUCCGUCCACAAUUUGUUUGUGGACUCUCUACAGGUCACAAUUCUUUUCCGAUUUUGACGAAACCUUGAAAUAUAGGUUUAUCCUCAAAAGAUCUUGCCUGCUUUCGAUAUUGGCAUGUAUCGGAUCGAAACUUCAUGGAUUAUGGCCCCUGUUUGUACAAAAAAAAUCACGUUUUUAGCUUGUGGACCCUAUAGAGGUCACAAUUUUUAUCCGAUUUUGUUGAAACUUGAAAUGUAAGUUUAUAACCAAAAGAUCUCAGUUCCUUUCGAUAUUCACGCAUAUCGGACCGUAACUUCCUGAAUUAUGGCCCCUGAUUGUACAAAAAAUCGCGUUUUUAGCUUGUGGAGCCUAUAGAGGUCAUAAUUUUUAUCCGAUUUAAAAAAAAAAAAAAAACGUAUAUCACCGUUACACCAUAAUGAAGGUUGGGUUCGAAUUUCGUGAAAAUCGGACCAAAAUUGCCGGACAAAAUGGCCACCGCUUGUACGCGAAUAGUGUAAAAAUAUGGUAUAUCAAGGUUGUGGACUCCAUAGAGGUCGCAAUUUUAAUUCGAUUAUGAUGAAACUUGAAAUGCAUGUUUAUAACCUAAAGAUCUUGGUUCCUUUCGAUAUUGUCGCAUAUCGGAUGGUAACUUCCUGAAUUAUGUCCCCUGAUUAUACGAAGGUCACAGUUAUUAUCUGAUUUUAAAAAUCGUUUGAAUAUAUCACCGUAACACCAUAAUAAAGGUUGAGUUCAAAUUUCCUGAAAAUCAAACCAAAACUGCCGGACAAAAUGGCCGCCGCUUGUACGCGAAAGGUGUAAAAAUAUGGUAUAUCAAGUUUGUGGACCCUGUAGAGGUUACAAUUUUAAUGCGUGUUUUUAACCCAAAGAUCUUGGUUCCUUUCGAUAUUUGCGCAUAUCGAAUUAUAAACUCAUGAAUUAUGGCCCUUGAUUGUAGGAAAAAUCACUUUCUUUUUAGCUUGUUCUCUAUCCAUCUCGCAAAAAUGUGGCGUAUCUUGCCUGGCAGCCACUGGUCCAACAUUUCGUCAGUAAAAAUACUAACUUCAGAGAUGAAGUUGAUAUUUUACUGACGAAACGUUUGGAUUAUAAAUUCGUCACCCUGUCAGUCGAUCUGGUCAACAAUUGUCUUGUGAACGCGAUAGGGGCUAGAGUUUUGUCGGAUUCUUUUCAAUUUUGGUGUGAAGCAUUGUGGUAAUGACAGGAUAAACCCCGCAAAUUUUUGUUUCGGACUUAUGCCCCGUUUUCCAAAAAGCUUGUGAACGCGAUAGUCUAUCGUUUUCGACAGAUUCUUUUCAAAUUUGUUGUAAAGCAUUGUAGACAUGAGAGAACGAACCCUAUUGAUUUUCAGCGUUCUACAACUUUCUGUUCAUAAUUCUCUGCCCUUUACCGAAAACCUUAUAAACGUGAUAAAGGCUAGAUUUUUACGUAUUCUGUUUAAAUUUGGUGCGAAGCUUGGGGUCAUGAGAGGAUGAACUCUAUCGAUAUUUAGCGAUCUGCGAUUUUCCUUUUCAGAGUUAAUCCCCCCCCCCCCUUUCAUUUUCUGAUCAUUUUGAAUUUUAUAUAUGUUUACAUUAGUGAGACGAAGAAGGUUAUCUAAUUACAUACUUGUUUCACUUUGUCACCCUAUCUACAUUAAAUGUAUAUGUAUUAGAUUAGUACAACAAAGAAGCCUUUUGAAUUUCAGCAAUUUCCAUUAAUUACUUCUAGAGUUAUGGUCCUUGUCAAUGCUCUAACGACCAAAAAGUUAUUGUCCUAUCUCUAUUAAAUUUAUAUGCAUUAUUUAGAUAAGUAAAACGAAGAAGCCCAUUAGUUUUCAGCAAUUUCCGUUAAUUAAUUAUAGAGUUAUGGUCCUUGUUUCAGUUUGUAGAGCCCCGUGAACGCUUUAGCAACUCGUUAUCAUCCGAUAAGUAUUAAAUUUACAUGUAUUAUUUAAAAUAAUAAAACCAAAAAGCCUAUUGAAUUUCAACAAUUUCCGUUUAAAACUUCUAGAGUUACAGCCCAUCUUUAACUUUGUUGAACCCUUUGUUAACUCUCUAAUGACAAAAAAGUUACUCCAAAAGUUAUUAUCCGAUUGUUUUAAAAUUGAUAUAUGUGGUUUACAUUAGUGAGAUGACGAAGCCUAUUUAAUUUCUGUUCAUUACUUCUAGAGUUAUGACCCUUGUUUCACUUUGUUAACCCUUGUGAACGCUAUUACGACAGAAGUUAUCCGAUCUUUGUGAAAUUUAUAUGCAUUAUUUAAAUUAAUGAAACGAAGAAGCCUAAUGAAUUUCAGCAAUUUCCGUUUAUUACGUCUAGAGUUAUGGCCCUUGUUUCACUUUAUUGAACCUUGUGAACGCUCUAACGCCAAAAGUUAUCACCCGAUCUUUGUGAAAUUUAUAUGCAUGAUUUAAAUUAGUGAAACGAAGAAUCCUGUUGAACUUCAGCAAUUUCCUUCAAUUACUUCUAGAGUUAUGGCUCUUGUUUCACUUUGUUGCACCUUGGGAACGCUCUAACAUCAAAAGUUACCUGCUGAUCUAUAUGAAAUUUACAUGCGUCGUUUAAAUUAGUAAAUACUAUUAUGUCCAUUUAUAUAGCGCCAAAUCCACAAAUCAUUCUCGUAGCGCAUGCAACAAAGAGGAGAAUCCUAUUGAAUUUCUGUUAUUUCUAGAGUUAUGGCCGUUCUUUCACCAUGUUGCACUUUGUGAACGCUUUAACCUCUAAAUUCUAAAGUUGUCUGUCGAUCUGUAUGAAAUUUAUGCGUGCCUAAAGUUAGUAAAAAGAACAAUCCUAUUGAAUUUCAGCAAUUUAUGUUUAUUACGUUUCACAUUACUGUCCCCCGACUUUCGAAGAAAGCAGGGGACUAUUGAAGGACGAUAUUGGUGUCAGUCAUUAUAAAAUAUGUGGUAGAGUUCGUUAAAUACAUCCCAAAUAUAAUUUUAACACAGAGAUCAUUGCUACGAUAGCUGAGUAACAAGCACGGGAAGUGACGUCAAACAUGACAAACACGAGUUGUCCUUCUAUAUAACAGACUGAAGUAACGAGCGGUAACAGACAAACGAUCUAAUUUCAUUUCACUGAUAAUUCAGUUGAACAUGAAAAGUUGUUAUGAGACGAUGAGAGGAUUUCCGACAAUUCAAAAAAAGAAUUGGCUGUCAGUAGAUAAAAGAUAACGAACAAAUUAGAAAAAGUCCGUGCAUUACCAUGUUUUUAUUAAGAACAGAAUGAAUAAAAUCGGGGGAAUGCACGGGAUUUUUAUACGCCCACAUUGAAAUGUGGUCGUAUAUUGUCGUCGCCCCCGUCUGUCCGUCGUCCACAAUUGCUUGUGGACGCUCUAGAGGCUAAAGUUAAUAUCUGAUUGACUUUGAAUUUAUACACAGUGUUUAAGGUCUUGAGACGAAGAAGCCUAUUAAUUUUCAGCGAUUUCUGAUAAUUACUGCCAGAGUUAUGGCCCUUGAUCACUUUGAAAAAUCUUGUGGACGCUCUAGAGGCCAAAGUUAAUAUCCAAUUGACCUUAAAUUUAUACACAGUGUUUGAGGUCACGAGACAAAGAUUCCUAUUGAUUUUCAACGAUUUCCGAUAAUUACUGCCAAAGUUAUGGCCCUUGAUCAGUUUACAAAAUCGCCCUUGAUCACUUUGCAAAAUCUUGUGAUGCUCUAAAGGCUAAAGUUAUAAUCCGAUUGACUUCAGAUUGAUACACAGAGUUUAAGAUCUUGAGACGAACAAGUAUAUUGAUUUUCAAUGAAUUUUUAUGACUUGAACAGUUAAAUCCAUGAUAUUAAAAGCUUUGCAUACAAAAUGUUUGCAUUGGGCAGAACUUUAUAAAAACCAAACAAAUUCUAAUAGUUUUCUGAUAAUAACUUCGUGAGUUGUUGCUCUUAGUCAGAUUUUAGUGUAUUAUAAAUGUUUCAUUACCGAAAAAAGUAAAAAUAUGUGACAACCCUUGUUGACUGCCCGGACGAUUUAGUUGCUGUGGGCGUAUGUUUCGUUGCCUGGCAACCUAUCUUUCUAUUUUUCUUCGUGCCCCUUAUCUAGUGACAGCCAAUUCUAUUUUUAUACGCCCACAUUGAAAUGUGGUCGUAUAUUGUCGUCGCCCCCGUCCGUCCGUCGUCCACAAUUGCUUGUGGACGCUCUAGAGGCUAAAGUUAAUAUCCGAUUGACUUUAAAUUUAUAUACAGUGUUUAAGGCCAUGAGACGAAGAAUCCUAUUUAUAUUCAGCGAUUUCCGAUAAUUACUGCCAGAGUUAAGGCCCUUGAUCACUUCAAAAAAUCUUGUGGACGCUCUAGAGGCGAAAGUUAGUAUCCGAUUGACUUUAAAUUUAUACACAGUAUUUAAGGUCAUGAGACGAAGAAGCCUAUUCAUUUUCAGCGAUUUCCGAUAAUUACUGCCAGAGUUAUGGCCCUUGUUCACUUCAAAAAAUAAUGUGGACGCUCUAGAGGCCAAAGUUAAGAUCCGAUUGACUUUAAAUUUAUACACGGUGUUUAAGGCCAUGAGAUGAAGAAGCCUUUUCAUUUUCAGCGAUUUCCGAUAAUUACUGCCAGAGUUAUGGCCCUUGAUCACUUCAAAAAAUCUUGUGAACGCUCUAGAGGCGAAAGUUAAUAUCAGAUUGACUUUAAAUUUAUACACAGUGUUUAAGGUCAUGAGACGAAGAAUCCUAUUGAUUUUCAGCGAUUUCUGAUAAUUACUGCCAGAGUUAUGGCUCUUGAUUACUUCAAAAAAAUCUUGUGGACUCUCUAGAGGCCAAAGUUAAUAUCCUAUUGACUUUAAAUUUAUACACAGAGCUUAAGGUCAUGAGACGAAGAAUCCUAUUGAUUUUCAGCAAUUUACGAUAAUUACUGCCAGAGUUAUGGCCCUUGAUCACUUUGAAAAAUCUUGUGGACGCUCUAGAGGCCAAAGUUAAUAUCCGAUUGACUUUAAAUUUAUACACAUGGUUAACGGUCAUGAGACGAAGAUGUCUAUUUAUUUUCAGUGAUUAUCGAUAAUUACUUCCAGAGUUAUGGCCCUUGAUCACUUCCAAAAAACCUGUGGAUGCUCUAAAGGCUAAAGUUAAUAUCUGAUUGACUUUAAAUUUUUAAACAGUGUUUGAGGUCACGAGGCAAAGAAUCCUAUUGAUUUUCAAAGAUUUCUUAUAAUUACUGCCAAAGUUAUGGCCCUUGAUCACUUUGAAAAAUCUUGUGGACACUCUAUAGGCCAAAGUUAAUAUCCGAUUGACUUCAGAUUGAUACACAGAGUGUAAGAUCUUGAGACGAACAAGUAUAUUGAUUUUCAAUGAAUUUUUAUGACUUGGAACAGCUAAAUCCAUGAUACAGUAUUAAAAGUUUUGUAUACAAAACGUUAGCAUGGGGCAGAACUUUAUAAAAACCAAAUAAAUUCUAAUGGUUUUCUGAGUUGUUGCUCUUAAUCAGAUUUUAGUGUAUUAUAAAUGUUUCAUUACCGAAAAAAGUAAAAAUAUGCGACAACUCUUGUUGACUGCCCGGACGAUUUAGCUGCUGUGGGCGUAUGUUUCGUUGCCUGACAACCUAUCUUUGAAUUGUGCGAUACCCUCUCACCGUCCCAUAUAAUAACUUUUCCACUUCAACGGAAUUAUCAGUGAAAUGAAAUUCGAUCGUUUGUCUGUUACCGCUCGUUACUUCAGUCUGUUAUAUAGACGGACAACUCGUGUUUGUCAUGUUUGACGUCGCUUCCCGUUUCUUCACGUGCUUGUUACUCAGCUAUCGUAGCAAUGAUCUCUGUUUUAAAAUUAUAUUUGGGAUGCAUUUAACGAGCUCUAUCACAUAUUUUAUAAUGACUGACACCAAUAGUGUCCUUUAAAAUGGGUUCGUCCGUCUGUCCGUCACACUUUUUGUGACACAAUAACUCUUUCUAAUUGAGAUAGAAUGUACAAACUUGGUGUAGGUGUUUAUUAGGUCAAUACCUUAAUGGAGUUCGAAGAUGAGCAUUUUCUGCUUAGGGUAAGCAGAGAUAAGCAAUUUGAUUGGUUGAUGCUUUCAGGCACGAUAACUUUAGUUUUAAUUACGUGAGAGUGAUGCAACUUGGUGUACAGUUUCAUUACACCAAUACCUUGAAUAAGUUCGAUAAUGAGUAUUUUUUUGCUCAGGUUAAGCAGAGCGAUAAGCAAUCUGAUUGGCAGAGACUUUGGAACACAAGAACUCUCCUAAUUGAGGUAGAAUGUUCAAACUUGGUGUAGGCAUUCAUUAGGUGAAUCCUUUGAUGGAGUUCGAUGAUUAACUUUUCGGGCUAAAGCUAAGCAGAGCUAAUCACUUUCAUUGGUAGAUGCUUUGGGGCAAGAUAAUCUUGAUUCUAUCUGUUAGGGUUAGGGUUAGAGUGAUGAAACUUGGUGUAUAGUUUGAUUGCUCGAUACUUUUGAAAAAAAAUAAAUGUGCGAUUAAUUAAUGUCAUCUAGUUAUUUUGGGAUUUCGGCGGGUGACAUCAGCCUCACUGUUGGCUUGUUGAACCUUGUGAACGCUCUAACGCCGAAAGUUAUCAUCCGAUCUUUGUGAAAUUUAUAUGCAUUAUUUAAAUUAGUGAAACCAUGAAGCCUGUUGAACUUCAGCAAUUUGCAAUAAUUACUUCUAGAAAUAUGGGGCUUGUUGCACUUUGUUCAACUUUGUUAAUGCUCGAUUGAUGAAAGUUAUCAUCCGAUAUGUAUGAAAUUUAUAUGCAUCAUUUAAAUUUGUGAAACAGGUUUAGGGAAUUUCAGCAAUUUCCGUCAAUGUCUAGAGUUAUGGCCCAUGUUUUACUUAGUGAACUUUUGAAUGACAAAAGUGAUUAUCCGAUCUGUAUAAAAUUUAUAUGCAUUAUUUCAAUUAGUAAAAACAAAAAGCCUGUCAAAUUUCAACAAUUUCUGUAGGCUACAUCCAGAGUUGGGACUGUUGUUUCAGUUUGUAGAACCUUGUGAGCCCUCAAACGACAAAAAUUAUAAUCUGAUCUGUAUGGAACAGUCUUGUAAAGGCCCCCAAUUACCUAAAAAGGAAUAACUAUGCGACAACCCUUGUCGACCGCUUGGACGAUUUAGCUUCUGUGGGCGUAUGUUGGGUUGCUUGGCAACUUAUCUUUUUUGGGGUUUUUUAAAGCUUGGUCCCUGUCCAUUCCAUCUCUUGCAAAAUCUGGACGUGUCUUGCCUGGCAACCGCUGGUUUUUCUCUUUCUGACUGUUCGAUGCAUCGCUGUAUGGCAAGUAGGCUGGUGAUUGUUUUGUCGGCUAGUGCAUCGAUAAAUGAUAACUGUACUAGUCAUCAUACUAUUACUUUCACGUCACAUGAUUAAACAUGGCGGCGACCAUGUCUUCAAGCAUUCACGUGACUUCCCAAUAUGAGCGGUGAUUGGCGAAUGAAUUCUACUUUCGGACGAAUGCUUCGGUGAAGCGGACUCUCUAGGCGAAAAUAAUGCAGCCGAAUAUAUCAAACAUGUUUGAUUCGGGCGAAUAGAAAUUCGACCGAAUGACGGUGGACAUAUUAGGCGAAUUUCGACGCAGAUUGAUUUGAUAUGCUGUUACUUAGCUGGUAUAUAUUUGAUAGUCAAUAAACAGUUUUAUAUUCAAAUAAUUGUAAAGUGCGUCUGAAAACGAGGUGCCCAUUUUUGAAGUUUAUAAUUAUCGUAAAAGUUUGUGUCGUAUAAGGUUGCCUAAUAUGUUAAGUGUAAAUAAGUAAUUAGUGGCAUGAAUACCUUAAGUAUAUUGUUACGCAUGUAUAAUGUUCUGUGUUUGUUAUAAUUGCUAGGAAUCAAUAGGUAGACUUAUUAUAUAUAACAAUAUGUGAUUUUACUUGUCCGAUCUUAUGAUAUUUCUGAUUUUUUAAACUAUUAGUUAUUAUAUUAUACAAAAUACAGUUAACCAGUAUACAAUGUAUAUUUUUUUUGUUGACUCGUAUGAUAUUGAUUAUACUGUGUAUGAUAAAAUGAAUCAUAUAAGUACUUAUUGGUAGCCACAUCUACUAUUCUGUUGUCACUUUUCAUUUAAACAUUUCUCUAAAAACAAACUGAUGAUACAUUGUUUGUAAACUAUUUGAGAAAACAUUGUGCAGAGUUGAACCAUUACAUUUCUGCUUUCAGAAUGGUAGAUAAUUUGAAAUAAUUGUUAAUAACAAUAAAGAAAUGUGCAUUAUAAAUUUAAGAGGACCAAUCUUUGUUUUAAAGGAUUUUGCAAUUCUGGUGUCUGUUACAAUACGCCCACAUCACCUCAGUCCUUUGUCCACAAUAUCUUGUGAACACUCUACAGACUACAAUUAUUAUACAACCUUUUCAAAGGGUCUGAAAGAAUUUUUUUUUUUUUUUUUUUUUUUUUUUUUUUUUAUAUAUAUAUAUACUAAAUUUAUUAUUAUGGCCCGUGUCUCACUAUCUUGAAUCUUGUGAACUCUCUAUCGACAAAAGUUAUCAUCCGAUCUGUAUGAAAUUUAAAUGUAUUAUUGAGAUUAGUAAAACGAAGAAGUCUAUUGAAUUUAAAGGAGCUAAGUCGCUAAUAUUCGGGACCUAGAAAUGGACACAGAUGGGUCGCAACGCAUAAAAUAAUGUAAUAUGAAUGUAUAUAAACUGAUUUACAUUCAA